AUCUUGUUUUCUCAAAUGUUUGCAGAUGAUUUCCGUAUAUUUUGCGGUGAUCUUGGCAAUGAGGUGAAUGAUGACAUAUUGGCCAGAGCCUUCAGCAGAUACCCGUCUUUCCUCAAAGCGAAGGUGGUGAGAGACAAACGAACAGGAAAGACUAAAGGCUACGGCUUUGUCAGCUUCAAAGAUCCCAACGACUACGUCAGAGCCAUGAGAGAGAUGAACGGGAAGUACGUCGGCAGUCGUCCCAUUAAACUGAGGAAGAGCAUGUGGAGGGACCGCAACAUGGAAACGGUACGCAAGAAGCAGAAAGAGAAGAAGAAGCUGGGCCUCCGGUAGAGACUGUGUGUGCUGCUCAGUGUACAAGUAUGACAUUGUAAAUGCUUUCACUCUUCUUUUUUUUUUCAUUAAAUAAAACUAUUUCUUAGUUCUUGAUAUGGUCACUUUCAAUUUUACCGGCUGUGUUACUCAUUGAAGUACUGUAGGAGUUGCUGUAUUUACAUCAUCUUGCGACAUGAGGUGAAAGAAUGGCACUACUUCAAAUACAAAUCAGAGUCUUUCACUUUUAUUCAUGAGCCCAAAAUACCAAUACGGAUGCAAUGACAGAAUAAUAUGAAAAUCAUUUGAUGUCAGGUCAUAUUGCCCAUCAGUCUCAUGAUAUGUUU